AUGUUCCAGAGGUACGUUCUACUUGCUCUCUGCAUUCACCUAUCCCGAAUAGCCUUGGCAUACGAAGCGGAUGUGCUCGCUUCGCUGAAGAAUGAGAAAAUUAUCUUGGAAGCGCAGUUGUUGAGCGGUGAAGAAUUGAUCAGUUAUCUGGAGACGAACCAGAAUUUCUUCGAGGCUGCAAUCACACCACAAAGCUACAAUUUCAAGCGCAACCUAAUGGAUCGGAGAUUCAUCAAUCACAAUAGGAAGCCAACUGUAGAGGACGUCAAUGACGAUGGUGACGACAUUCCAGAAAAAUGUGGUGGUGGAUAUAUGAUUAAUGCUUUCGAGUACUUCGCAGAACAGGGUGCCAACUCUAAUAAUACUUGCUUUCAGCACACAACAGGCGCAGAAAUGGGUGCUCAUGCUAUAAAGAUAAUUGAAUGGGGUAGCGAAAAUAGUACAAACUACUGGCUCAUUGCUAAUUGGAUGUACUACGAUUGGGGAGAGAACGGUGAGUAUGGUGUCAUUCCCUUGGCUGCAUUCAGUUACUUCCGCAUGAUACGUGGAAUUAACGACUGUAACAUUGAACAGAACGUAGUCGCCGGACAUGUCUAA